GAUCAUAACUCUACACCUUAUCUCUUUCAUACUUUAACUUUGCCAAUUAUGUCUUCUGUAUACCGUUACUCUCUGCGGGAAGAAGAUAAACCUUUCGUGCUCAUUCGAUCAAAUUUACCUUUGGGUAUAAGGUAUAUCUGUACAGUAAAAGGGGGAACACUUGGCUCAUUGUACGAGGGAACAAAAAUAGCUUUAUCAGAUACCACUUAGCUUGGGGACUUCGUUGUUCCAGAUUCUGAUGGGGAAUCCAUUGGUAAGCUUAUAUUCAUACCUACACCUUAUACUACCUCCAUUCUACACUUGUUUACUAUAGGUUUUCAGGAA